UGUGUACUGUCAACUUAAUCUCACUUUCACAGUAGGGCUGGCGAACAAUAUUGGUGCAGAAAAUACUGGUCUCUGAGGAAGUCUUUCAAAUCUGCUAAUUAUGUUGGAUGGCCCUGAAAGUUCACUUUUUGAACAGUCACCUUGAUUACUUUCCGAACAAAUUGGGAGAUGUUAGUGAGGAGCAAGGUGAGCGUUUUCACCAGGACAUUAAAUUUAUGGAAAAAUGCUACCAGGGCCGUUGGAAUACCAGCACGAUCUGGGACUACUGUUGGUCACUUCACAGCAAGCAACUUAUCGAAAAGAAAGUAUAAGCCAUUUACAGCUGACAACUAAAACCAGUAUUAUAUCACUUUAAGUACCCUACUGUAAAUACAAAC